AUGCCUCGUCAACGAUCCGUCGGCCGCGCUCCUUCGCGCCCUACCGCCGCUGCUUCUGCUCCCAAGCCCCAGCAGACUCGACCUGCCGCCACCCAUGCUGCUCCCGCUCACCCUCCUGCCCAGGCCAUGCCACCUCAGGCUGCCGGUUCCCAGGGCCCUGGACUUUUUGGUCAAAUGGCCAGCACUGCUGCCGGUGUCGCUAUCGGUUCCUCAGUAGGCCAUGCCAUCGGUGGUAUGUUUGGUGGCUCCUCCGAGCCCGCUGCUCCCGUCCAGGCUCAAGCCGCUCCUCAAGAGCAGUCCUGGAACCAGAACAACUGCGCCGGCGUCGCUCAGAACUUCACAAAGUGCAUGGAUGACAACAACGGAAACAUGCAGAUCUGCAACUGGUACCUUGAGCAGCUCAAGGCUUGCCAGGCUGCUUCUGGCCAGUAA